UGUGCAUAAAAGUAACCUGCGAUAAGUUGCUACACAGCCACUCAUCUGCUUGCUCCUGGAGACAAGGUGUUUGUAAAUAGAACCAGUUUAUCUUGCUGAAUUUCAGGCAAAAUGAGGCUUUCCUCUUAGGACAACUGUCUUGCAAGUAGUAGAAAAUAAUUUAUAAGUGGUGUGCUGGAUUUGGUACUAUGAAACAAACAUACAGGCUAUCCUAUCUAAUAUGCAGUACAUGAUGCCUAGAACAUCGGAAGCUUCAGCGUCCCGUAGAAAUGACCGCUACUCCCUCAGGGUUACUCUGAAAAAGGUGGAGUAUUUCUCGGAUGCCAGUGAGGAGCCUGGAGAAGAUAAUGACAACUCCUUUUCAGAAACAAAGGUGGUGCAGCCGGCAGUACCCCCGUCAAGUGAAUCUGAGGAGGAACCUCCAAAUGAUUUCUUGCGCCGCAGGGCCAAGAACAUCCAGGAUAACAAAGCUAUGGUAUUUCAUACUGAUCCCGCCACAAUGCACCCGUCAGGAUUCCAGCCUUGGGUAUCCCGAUGUUGGUCUCCUGACCACUGCGAUACCAUGUGCCGCUAUUUCCUAUUUCCGUCCAGAGCCAGCAACAGAAAUCUUGGGGCUGGUACAGUGAAGUCUUCGGAGCCCCCCAGAAAUCUGUCCAAGCUUAUGGCAGAACUGAAGAUCCCAGAAGAUUCUGAGUCAAAAUCCAGGCCCAUUGGCAGACCCAGUGGCAGGAAGUAUAAGGGUCAUCCUAAUGACUCUUUCAUGGCAGUGGAACCAAGGAGAAACCCAGAGCGUGCAAGUCGCCGCAUGACUAGCUCUAUGGGAGUCAUAAAACCCUCUUCAGCAGACAAGAAAAAAACACAUAUGGAUCAGCCAAUAAAAAAAGAGCAAACAAGGCGGCGAUCCUCCCGGCUCAGCAUCCAUACCAUUCCCCAUGUGGUGCGGCCAGUGGAUGAAAUAACAGAGGAUGACCUGAAAAACAUUGCUGAGAAUGUGAAGGAGAAAGUAUAUAAUACUGUUCAUGGUUCCACAUGCCAUCAGUGCAGACAGAAAACUAUAGACACUAAAACAAAUUGCCGCAAUGUUGAGUGUCAUGGAAUCCAAGGGCAGUUCUGUGGCCCCUGUCUGAGGAACAGAUACGGAGAGGAAGUGCGCAAAGCUCUCCUAGAUCCUGACUGGACGUGUCCACCGUGUAGAGGGAUUUGUAACUGCAGCUUUUGUCGGCAACGAGAUGGUUACAGUGCUACUGGUAUACUUUUUCCUUUGGCACGUCACCGUGGUUAUAGUGAUGUCCACGCUUAUCUUAACAGCUUGCAGAAAUCAGAUGAUGAGAGUGAUGAGGACCCGACACCAUAAGUCACACUCACUUUGUGUUUGGUUUUGUGUGUUUUUUAUUUUAUAUAGAUUUAUAAGGGCUAAUAAAACUAUCUAACUUUUA